AUGACGCCCAGUACGAGCAACCCAUCCCCUAGUGUAGGUCAUGCUACUCCGCCAGCUGUUCCCUCAGCAGCCACCUCAACAACCGCAAUCAAUGGCUCCGAAAGCAACAACACUCCCGAAGAGAGACCGACUCAUACCUCAGAGAUAGGCACCUUGAAAAAGCUACCUAAUCACGGUACUGCAUGGCUUGGGAGUUCCUCUGGAGUCUACUUUGUCAAUACCGUCCGUCGCGCAUUCUCCGCCGCCUUUGCUUCAUCCAACCUCGCCGGACCCAAUGCAGUCCCUGCCAGCGAAGACAUUCUCACAGGCGAAGAUGCCGAGGGGCGCUCAUAUAAUGGUCCUGUGCAUGAAGGACCAAGUGAGACCGAUUCGUUUCCUCAACUACUCGCCUCAACGUUCGGAAAACCUCCCCAGAGGAAGAUCGCGUUUGAACUGGUCACCUCGUUUUUCCGCUUAUGGCAUCCUCUAUUCCCCUUCCUCCACGGUCCUACUUUUCUAAAAGACAUGGAGACGAUAUACCAACAACGGCGACGGCCGUCCAAACCGACCAAAGAAAAUCCCACCCCUACUGACCUCCGAAAACUCCUCACCUUCCAGCUCAUCAUCAACAUCGCCUCGCUAGACCGAAGCGAUAUUCUUCUUCCUAUGGAAUCUCGCAUCAGGUCAAUCGGUGAUGUCAGCCGCGUGGCCGGCUGCCUUGCCCUUUCGCAUGAUAUCACCAACAUUCAAGCUAUACUGGCUGCAGAAUUGUACCUAUGCGCGACGUUGGCUAUCCGCCAAGCCAGUACAGUUGCCGGAAUUUUGAUUAAGCUGAUACACCAUGCCGGGCUGCAUCGCUGCCCUUUACGAUACGCCCAGCUCUCUCUCGAGGAAUGUGAGAUCCGGAAGCGGAUAUUCUGGUCGGCUUAUGCUCUAGACCGGCACUGCAACCUAAGCUUGGGGGAUCCCAACAUAAUCCAGGACGAUGAUAUCGACGUCUGCCUGUCUGGGCCAGAACUACACAAAGCUGUCGUGCAGCAGACGGUGCCUCAACCAGAUGGUGACUGUGGAAAUUCGAUGCCACCACCUCGAGUGGUGCCAGAUGACCCGCGUGUAGCUCAACAAAACAGCGAUGGACCCGAAGCAAGGGAGAAGCGACUGCGAGAAGCCGCAUUGACUGCCUAUGUACAAUGGGCCAAGCUGACCGGGCAAAUCAUCGAAGUCUUCCAUAAGAGCAUCAACCAUCGUUUCCCCAAACAUGAGCAAAUAUUGAGACUAACGAGCGACAUCGAGACCUGGUGGAACGACUUGCCUGGAUUCCUUACUGGGGAGAGCGAUCACUCCGGCCAGGAUGCCGAGCCUAGCGAGAACAACGGGGCCACGAAUAAACAGACGUCUUCAUCCUCAAAUCCGCCCUCGUUUCUCCCUCCUCAGCAACAUCUGUCGAGCUUUUUCAAAGUCCUCUAUCAUCGAUUACUCCUCCUGGUCAAUCGCCCGAGAUUGUCUCUUGACCAGUCCACUCCAGAGUUUCAGCACGGCUUGCAAGUCUGCAUCCGAGCGUCUCGUGGCAUUGUAGCAGGCCUCAAGUCUCACAGAAGUCACGGGCAAUCAAUGUUUCUACCCGGCUUGCUCUCCGCAGUCUGGAUGUCAGGCCUCAUCAUUGCUUUCGCGUGUCAACUUGGCAAAUACGCCAAAGCCCGCGCCCUCUCCGACGUACAAACGUGUCUGAGCCUCCUUGAAAGUAUGAACACUAGAUGGUACACUGUGCAGAAUUGCCACAAAGUUCUGAACUUGUUGCUGGUCAACAUUCAGUCAAGGAAGGCCUCGAUCAAUGGUUUUUUAACGGUGCCGAAGCCUGAGCAGUCGCCACAGAGCAUUCCACCAGAGCUCGACCAAGCGCAACAACCUGCCAAAAAACGCCAGCGCACCGGCCUCGAAGAUGCAAGUCCUCGCAAAUCAUCCAUGACCGAGUCCGCAAGCAGUUCGCCUGUGCACCCACAAUUAUCCAACUCUGGCCAUGCUCGCCUGAAACACCAACAAACCUCCACAUCCGGCAGUACACCAAAUUGGCCGGCAUCUAUGAGUUAUGAUGCCUCAAAUCCGUCAGCCUUGACUAAUCAGGGAGGCUCUAUGCCAAAUUUCGACUUCUCAAAUUGGGAUCGAGGCCAGCCGACCACGCAGCCACAGAUCGAUGCAGGCCUGGGCAGUGCCAUCUAUGCGACACCGCAGGACCUGGCGUUCGCCCAGUCAACCAUGAACAUGAACCUGCCUGGCAACAACAACACUGGCAUGACCAGCGAUGCCAACAACGGCGGUAAUCUGCAGGAGUAUUCAGAUCCAAUGUUCUGGGGCAAUAUGGAUUAUAACGUCGCCGAUAUUUUCGGGUCGGCAACAUGGGAAAAUAUGACUGGUCCGUUUGCCCCAGGUGGUGGCAUGAAUGGAGGGUGGGAAAUGUGA